AUGCCCAGUCCGCUACUCCCCAUUGCCCACAACCCAGCGAUAGGAGGGGGAUUCCCGUCAAGAGCAUGGCCCUUUGCGGAGGGACGUGAAAAUAUUCCCAUCUCCACGGUUUUGCGAGAUGGCACCCUGCGGUCUCUGGACUCCCUGCUGGAAGAGAUACCCCGGACUCCCCUGAUAAUGCUACGCUACAUGCAGGUAAAGCACUAUUACGACACCAUACGCAACAAAGAACGACUGAAAGAACAAACAUAG